UGUGUUUUCUUGUUGUGAUGACUUUGAAAUUGUUGGAAUGGCUUGGAUCCUUUACGCUCUCAAGUCAAUAGGCCCAAAAAACUUUCAACGACCCUUGAUGGCACAUAACAAUAGAAUUCCUAGUUAUAUCAGAGUAAAAGAGAAUCACAUCCUGUUACAAGUGUUGGUCAAACCAGGAUCCAAGAGACCUGGUCUAAUGCAAACAACUGAAGAAGAGGUUAUCAUUCACGUAGGUGCACAACCCAAACAAGGAGAAGCCAAUCAAGAGUUGGUAGAAAGGUUGGCAAAGCUAUUGCACGUGCCAAAGUCUGAUAUUUCCAUCGAGUCUGGAGGAAAAGGCAAAAAAAAGAGAGUUUGUAUAAAAGGUGUCGUAAAUUGGCAAACGAUCGACGAUAUUUUCAAAUCUACACAAAUGAAUGAGAAAUAAAAAGACAAGUUUCUCAACUACU